UGUACAAACAUAUUCUUUUUCAGCUUCUCCGUUACCAUCUGUUGCUGAUGAGAUAAUAAACGAUUAUAGAAAUCUAAAUUUGUUGCAAGAUAUCUUUAAUGACGAUAAAGAGUUAAAUCAAAGCCAUCAAAACAACACACUGCCACAAAAUGUUUCCAUAGCACCUGUUCAAGUAACUCAAUCCCUGGAUAAACAACAUUAUACUGAUAUGUCACACCUAAAUAACCAGGAGCCACUAAACCCACUGUAGAUAAUGUGUCCUUAAAUAGACCUAUAACAACUACUAACCCGUUGGAUGAAAUUAGUCACACUUCUCAUGGGUGUGACAGUCAAGACCUAAUUCAAAUGACAAAUGAGCCCGAAUUUCAAGAUAUAUGUAGCGAACAUACUCCUAUGCCACCCAAUGGCCACACCCAAUGGCAGUAUAAACCCUUUUGGUAAUGAAGAACCAAUCCCAUCAGUUCUAUCUUUACUAACGGAUGACAAUGUGCCCUCUCCGAUUUCACAAUACUCAUCCGGAGAGGUUCCUGAAAAUUCCAUUAAGUUCCAGAAAAAGAAGAUUUACAAAGAAAAGAGACAGCGGAAGAUUACGGGAAACAUUUUGUCAUGAAUGGAUAGAUUCAAAGAGAAAAAGACUGAAAAAUACAGGAAAGUCUUACUAUAGUCGAAAUGGUAAGAUAAGAUUAGGAAAAAAACUGGGAGAACCAUGUCAAAACACGUGUAAAUUGAAAUGUUUUCAAAAGCUAGAUGACGACACAAGAAUUGAAAUUUUUAAUAAGUUUUGGGAAAUCGGUGACCAUUCAAAACAGUACGAUUUUAUUAGUAACUAUGUUGUUAAAAUAAAUAAAAAAAGAACAAUUACAGACGGUGAAUUUCGGAGAUCAUUUACAUACAUUUAUCAUUUACCUUAUAUUCAAAACCAUCAAAAUUCUAAGGUAAUUGUUUGCAAACAAAUGUUUUUAAAUACUCUUAGCUGUGGACCCAAGAUGAUAAGAACCGCAAUAUCUAAAUCAAGUGACACCGGUAGCUUUGCUUUAGUAGACAAUAGAGGUAGGCAUAGUCACCAUAAAACAUCUAUAGACCCAGAUAUGAUCAAAAGUAUUUGUGAUCACGUGAACUCAUUCGAACCGGUUGAUUCACACUAUUGUCGUAAAGAAAGUAAUAAACUUUAUUUAGACGGAUCAUUAAGUUUUACGCGAAUGUUUAAUUUAUAUAAAGAGUGGUUUGAUUCAACUAAGUAUGGUAGCAAAUGGGAGUCAUUAAGGCAGUAUAGAGAUGUGGUCAAUAAAAAUAUCAAUCUGUCAUUUCACAAACCCAAAAAGGAUCAAUGUCAUGUCUGUCUAUCUUAUAAAAACAAUCCAAUAACGCCGGAAAUACAAGAAAACUUUGAAAAUCACAUCAAGAACAAAAAAUUGUCUAGAUCUUAAAAACAGAACGAUAAACAUAACGCACAAAAUAAUCCUAAAAUAUUUUGUGCUACAUUUGAUUUACAGAAAGUGUUGCUAGCUCCUAGUGGUGAAAUUAGUUAUUUUAUUAUUGUAAGCGAUUGAAAGUUCAUAAUUUAUCUGUUUUUGAUAUUGGGCACUUGGUUGGUACCUGUUAUUGGUGGAAUGAAUAAAUAGCCAUGAAGGGUUCAAACGAAAUAGCUAGCUGUAUUUACGAUAUUAUUAAACUUAAGACUAAAGAGGGCUGUGAUGACUUUAGAUUUUGGUCAGAUAAUUGUACUAUCCAAAAUAGAAAUAGGAUAAUGUUUUUUAUGUACCUCUAUGCAGC